AUAAACAGCCGGCUCACUGAACACUUGUUUGUCUGUCCGAGGAAACUGAACAGCUUGAUAUCAGUUGGAAUUAGUUUUUGUGGAGGAACACACAUUCGAGACAGUUCUGUGGAGCCGGUUUAUAUAGCUAAAGCUGAAACCGAGACUUGCCAUGGCCGCAUCAGCCCAUGAACAUUGAUCCAGAUCCGAUAAAAUGCCAAUAAUUCAGUCCUCUUUCUUCAAAAUGAUUGGACGGAUGUUGAUGCCUCUUUCUUGUGCAGGGGGAGGGGGUGUAAAACCUAUACUUCAAAACCCAUGCGUCGUGACGUCACUCCUUCCUGCGCCGGGCAAAAUGGCGGCUGUGCAAGAUGGCCCGAUGGAGCUGGAAAGCGAGAAAGAGACAAAGCCAGAAAUUCUCAGCGAUGGCUCGGCGAAACUCCCCGGGAGUACGGGGAGCGGGGCGCUCUCCUCAUCGCCCCUCACUGCCGCCCCCGCCGGUGGAGCUCCGAAACCGGAGGAACAGCAAACUUUGAUCGCAGUGCUGCAGUUCUUGAAGCGGAAUAAACUGACGGAGUCGGUAGAGAUCCUGCGGCGCGAAGCCGGUCUAUCGGACGACCAGGAGGACUCACAAGCUCCCGAUGCCGGCGGUGGAGGAGGGCCCGGUGCAGUAGGGAAGGGUGAUGGGAAUGGAGGGGACGCAAACUCUCUACUCAGCCGUGUGUCCAUUGCAGCAGCAGCCGCCCCCCAGACCGCCCUGACUCCCAUGCCUGCAAAGAGCGCUGAUAACCAGCCGGACGUCAGUGUUGUGCUGUCAGCAUACAGCCAGCAGGGGGACCCCUCUCUGUACCAGGUGUAUUACAGUGGCCUGAAGAACUUCAUAGAGUCGGUGCUGGACUGUCACAGAGCGGAGCUCUCACAGCUCUUCUACCCUCUUUUCGUUCACAUGUACCUGGAGCUGGUCUACAACAACCAUGAGAACGAAGCCAAGGCCUUCUUUGAGAAGUUUAGUGGUGAUCAGGAGUGCUACUAUCAGGAUGAUCUGCGUGUUCUCUGCGGCCUCACAAAGAAAGAGCACAUGAAGGGGAACGAGGUCCUGCUGGACUUCCGCACCAGUCGCUUCGUGCUCCGCAUCUCCCGAGACUCAUACCAGCUUCUGAAGAGACACUUGCAGGAAAGGCACAAUAACCAGAUAUGGAACAUAAUCCAGGAGCAUCUGUACAUCGACAUUUUUGACGGCAUGUCCCGCAGCAAGGGCCAGAUCGACAGCAUGUCCGGCAGUUUAGCAGGAGAGGCCAAAAGAGAAGCCAAUAAAGCCAAGGUAUUCUACGGGCUGCUGAAGGAACCAGAGAUUGAGGUCCCACUAGACGAUGAAGAUGAAGAAGCUGAGAAUGAGGAAGGAAAGCCCAAGAAGAAGAAAACAAAGAAGGACAGUAUGGGCUCCAAGAGCAAGAAACAAGAUCCUAACGCCCCUCAGCAGAACAGAAUCCCUUUGCCAGAGCUGAAGGACUCAGACAAACUGGACAAGAUCAUGUACAUGAAGGAGAGCACCAAAAGAAUCCGACUCAGUCCUGAUAAUCUGCCUUCCAUUUGCUUCUAUACGUUCCUCAAUGCCUACCAGGGUUUGACGGCUGUAGACUUCACAGAUGACUCCAGUCUCUUAGCGGGAGGGUUUGCUGACUCCACUGUCCGUGUGUGGAGUGUCACACCCAAAAAAUUACGCAAAGUCAAAUCCGCGGCAGACUUGAAUCUGAUUGAUAAAGAGUCUGAUGAUGUUCUUGAGAGGAUCAUGGAUGAGAAGACAGCCAGUGAGUCCAAGAUCCUCUACGGUCACAGCGGGCCAGUGUAUGGCGUCAGCUUCAGUCCAGACAGGAACUAUCUGUUGUCCAGUUCUGAGGACGGAACAAUCAGACUGUGGAGUCUGCAGACGUUCACGUGUCUUGUUGGGUAUAAAGGACACAACUAUCCAGUAUGGGACACUCAGUUCUCGCCCUUUGGUUAUUACUUUGUGUCUGGAGGACACGACAGAGUGGCACGCCUCUGGGCAACAGAUCAUUACCAGCCAUUACGGAUAUUCGCUGGACAUCUAGCUGACGUCACCUGCACUCGCUUCCAUCCCAACUCCAACUAUGUGGCCACAGGCUCGGCCGACCGUACUGUACGUCUCUGGGAUGUGCUGAACGGAAACUGCGUCCGUAUUUUCACAGGUCACAAGGGGCCCAUCCAUUCUCUUGCAUUUUCACCCAAUGGAAAGUUCCUGGCAUCUGGUUCCACCGACGGGAGAGUUCUGCUGUGGGACAUUGGACAUGGGCUGAUGAUUGGAGAACUGAAGGGUCAUACAGACACCAUUUAUUCCCUCAAGUUCAGUAGAGAUGGAGAAAUCCUUGCAUCAGGCUCCAUGGAUAACACUGUACGACUGUGGGAUGCUAUGAAGGCAUUUGACGACAUUGAGACGGAUGACUUUACUGCAGCGACGGGCCACAUACACCUGCCUGAUAACUCGCAGGAGCUUCUGCUGGGCACGUACUUGACCAAAGCCACGGCUGUCACACACCUACACUUCACCAGACGCAACCUGUUGCUGGCCGCAGGGGCGUACAACUCCCAGUGAAGUGUCUA